GCAAUCCAAAAGUCCUGAGCAAGGUGAGUUCUAGGUCCUUCCCCGCUGACCUCAGCACCCACUCUGGCUUUACCUCUUGACCCAUUUCAAAGAAAAGGGCACGUUCGUCGAGGGACCCCUGACCAAUCUUCAACCGAGCAUGAUCCAAUUCUCUCGACCCAAAAAGUCCCUCGCCUCUGCGCUCGAUCCCUUCAAGCGACACGAGUCGACAUUGUCCUCCGAGUACAUGGACAAGGGCCGAGUUCCUGGCCCCGCGCCUAGUCGGUUUGACGCGUACUACAGGACACACGACCUUCACGGGCAUGUCCCGCCUGACGCCCAAUCGGUCAUCUCCCAAGCGGUCACCUCGUUCCCCAUGCCGAAAGGCAAAAACUACACUGGGUACGCCUCAUCGGUCAUCUCGCAGCAACCUGGCGAGACCGCAUCGGUCGCCGGUGGCCCAGCGCCCAGUAUCGCCUUCAGUCAGUUUGACCGACUACCCCACGAGGCAAAUACCGAUAGCAAGGCGAGGCGACGGCUGAGCUUUGGCAGCAUCGCGCCGAGCGAUGCCCCAACGGCAUCCAUGUACGCUUUUGGGUACAAGGCGGGCGACGAUGAUGCGCAGUCGAUCGCCCCGAGUCAAGCUGGCAUGACAGAGUUCUAGUCAUUAUUUUGCUCACACUUGACAUACCACCCAGGCCACGAUGGCACUCAGCGCCGCAGAGACCGGCUCGCCUUAUCGGCGCCGCAGCCGCGCACAUGUGCAUGCAUCACAGCCCUGCAAUGUCCGCAAU